AUGCCGAUUGCGCCGAGCGUGGGGACCGCAAGAUACCCGAGACCGGCCAGAGAGGCCGACGGCGACAUGCGUGCCAGUCUACAACCGGGUUUGGAUGAAGAAUCCUCGCCGAUCAAAACCGAGAUAUACGAGCAGCCAUCAGAUCGCGGAUCGAUCAAGUUUCUUUUGAAUGGAGGCACCGAUAGCUUUACCGAACAAUUCAGACUACCCCCGCGGGGUGACCGGGCACGAGGGCUAGUAUACCAUAACCAGACUGGAUUAGAAGAGGCGGCCUCAGGAGAAGUCUUCCCUUACGUGCAGAACAAUCGACAAGACUAUACACCUACUCUCGUCGAUUCCGACCCAUCGUCAUUUCAAUUCUUCCAAGACACAUUCCUCGACUUCUUCAAUGGGCCUUUCGGGGAUGGCCAAAAGUCCGCCGAAGACCCUUUCAGUGGCCAAAUCACAUAUCAAGCAGCCAUCCCCGGGCAAGGACUCAAUUCGACUCUCUCGCCGGAACAGGCCAUGUUUGAUCCUGAGCCGGAGCGACCGUUUGCCAUGGCUUUAAUUCAGUCCAUCCUCGCUAGAGCCUGGACAGUCCCAUUGGACGCCAAAGCUCAAGAAGAAAUAUCGACCAACCUUAAUUUUCUGUUGACGACCGCACGCAUACGAAAAUUCAUCGCGUUAUAUUUCAAAUAUUGGCAACCAAGUUGUGCCAUGAUUCAUAUACCCUCUUUUGAUCCAGAGACAGCUGCAAUACCUCUACUUGCUUCAGUUGUCUUCAUGGGAGCCAUGUACAGCAGUGACCAGAGGGAGGUAUAUGUCGCGAAGAGGUUACUCGACUUUGCAGAGCUCUAUAUCUUCUCAAGUCAGGUCUACUCGUCAGAGAGCGAGGUCGCUAUUAGUUUCUUGGGAAAUCGAAACGCCGAUGAUGAGUCCAGCGACUGGAUCAAGUUCCAAAAUUUCCAAGCCGGUUUUAUUAUCAUCGUCGUCCAAUAUUGGGCCGGAAGUCGCGCAUCUCGAAAUCGCGCGAUGGAAAACCGCUUCAGCGAAGUUGUCAAGGUCGCUCGGCGAUUAAGUCUGGUCAAGUGCCAACACACAUCGGUAGAGCAAUUGGAGCACCAAUGGAUUCAAACAGAGUGUCGUAUUCGGACCACUAGCAUCAUCUCAUUACUCGACUGCGCUUUCUUCUUCUACCAAAAUUACCCUUGUCGGUUGACGCAUUCCGAGAUGGAAUGCGAACUACCAUGCGAAGGAUCCGUUUUUGAGUCACCACACCCUUUCUCCGAACCUAAUUUCCGAUUUUCCCGCCGUCUUACCCUCUAUGGGGCAUUCCAAAACCUCUUCGACUCUUCACACCUGGCUGGACAAUCGCCCGAUCCUACUCAGAUGGAUUUGACGGUCUUGGAUAUGUUCAUUCUAAUUCAUGGUAAACACUCAUUCUUCCUUCCCUUGAGAUCCAGGCUUAUCAGAUUUGCAGUUUUAUUUUCUUUUAUCAACACGCACAUGACGCUUGUCGGGCUUCUCAAUCAGCAUGGCGGCGCGAUUCCGGCAUCGCAAUCCCCAGUCGGCGGAAAUGAGAGUAAGAGUACAAUUCCUGAAGAUUCUCUGCUUGGUUCGAUCAGGAUAGCCCUGAAUCGCUGGCGAGAUCACUGGGUCGCAUUGCGCAAUCAGGUCUCAAGUGACGAGUGGGCCUCCAUGGGCUUCUAUAAAAACGGAUAUAACUUCUGGCUUGUUUCACAGUUACUCAUCACCAAGAAGGACGCCGUCGACGUUAUUAUGCAAUUGGAGGUGCAUUGCGAAGAUAAGCUGGAGAGGUUGAAAGUUCUCCUUCAGGAUGAACAGGAUUAG